AUGACGCCUCAUCCAGCGGCCCCGCUCAAGACAGUCGUUGCGCUGGUUGAGAUCUAUACGCUCGAGGGCGCCACGGCGUGUUCGCCGUUCAUCGCUCUGCUGCACCGUCUCGGGGCCAAGACGACCCGGACAUGGACGGACCGCGUGACGCAUGUCGUUUUCAAGGACGGCUCGCCUACGACUUUGCAGCGUGUGAGGCUCCACAACAAGGAUGUUGACGAAAGCGGAGCUGGCUCGCAUAUCCACUGCGUGAACAGCCGGUGGGUGACCGACUGCGAUGCGGAGGGCAAGCGGAUGGAGGAGUCGGAUGAGGCUUACGCGGUUGACCUUGCGGAGGUGCCACGCGGGGGAGGGCGGCGUCGCAAAUCGAUGGAGCCUGCUACGCUUGUGAAUGUCGGGGGCAACGUCGUCCGCGAGCGUAAGGGUAGCUUGGGUCGCAGUUCGCUUGGACGGUCGCCGAUGAGAUUUGAUUCCCCGGCUAAGGCGGAGGAGCAGAAUAUGAUGGAGUUGACGCCGGAGCUGACGGCCACUGAGAACAAGGAGAAUGAGGCUGAAGAUGCUGCGUCGCCGGUUACCCCGGCGUAUCUAGCUGCACCGGAUAAGCUGAUCCAGCAGACUGCACCUAUCAACCGCAUGAGGAAGCUCGGGUCUAGGGCGCGGGAGGCUGCGAAGAAUAGGCGGCUGACGUUCUUCAAUGGUGCUGCAUAG